CUGAAUGAAGGCUAAUUUUGGACCCUGGUCGAAGUUAAUAUCUAUCACAAAUAGAGUUUCAGAUAUUUUUACUCUGAUAGCUGUUCCUGAAUUUAACUCUUUGAUCUGUUCGAGCUAGAAAUUAGAAGUCGGUUGAAAAUGGGGGAGGAUCUAAGAUUCGACGGCCGCGUUGCACUUGUUACAGGGGCAGGAGGUGGUCUUGGGAAAGAAUAUGCUCUCCUUCUUGCAGCAAGGGGGGCCUCGGUCGUGGUCAACGACCUUGGAGGAGACAGAGCCGGUCAAGGAAAGAGUGCGAUGGCCGCUGAUCAAGUUGUGAGUGAAAUCAGAUCAAAAGGAGGAAAGGCUGUUCCCAAUUAUGAUUCUGUUGAGGAUGGAGAUAAGCUUGUGCAAACUGCCCUUGAUAACUAUGGAAGGAUCGAUAUCGUUAUCAACAAUGCUGGCAUUCUCAGAGAUCGUUCGUUUGCAAGGAUCAGUGAUGUCGACUGGGAUCUGAUUCAGAGAGUUCAUCUACGGGGUUCAUUUCUUGUUACCAGGGCAGCGUGGCCUCACAUGAAGAAACAGAAGUAUGGUCGCAUCAUUAUGACAUCAUCAGCUUCAGGUCUCUAUGGAAACUUUGGACAAGCAAACUAUAGUGCAGCCAAACUUGGCUUGGUUGGACUGAGCAACACACUGUCGAGAGAGGGCGCCAAAUAUAACAUCUUCUGCAAUACCAUUGCCCCAGUGGCAGCUUCUAGACUCACUCAAGACAUCAUGCCACCAGAUAUUUUUGAGAAGUUGAAGCCUGACUACGUGGCUCCUAUGGUAGCCUACCUCGGCCAUGAAGAUUGUAAAUCAACAGGAGGGAUCUAUGAAUGUGGAGCAGGAUGGGCAGCUAAAUUACGAUGGCAGAGGACAGCAGGUGCUAAUUGUCUAAAGCCUAAUCAGCCAUAUACAAUUGAACAGGUUCGUGACAACUGGGAAGAGAUCUGUAAUUUUGACGGGAAGGUCACUUAUCCAUCAAGUUCGCAAGACUCCAUGAUGUUUAUGUUGGAGAGUUUCAAUGCUGGAUCUUCUGAUGAGGAAUCCCCAGCUAGCUCUAGUAGUGAUACAGGUGGAGAUGGUGAUGACGAUGGUGGUUUCAAUCCAUCAAAAGCGAUAGGGUUCGAGAUGCAGCCUCUGGAUUUUGAAUACACAUCCAGAGAUGUCAUUCUCUAUGCUCUUGGAGUUGGUGUAUCAACCACCCAGCCAGACUACCUCAAGUUCCUGUUUGAGUUGAACGAAGAUUUCUGUGUACUGCCGACAUUUGGAGUAAUCCCAGCAUUUGCUGGACUAUCAAACCUAACCUCCGUCCCGGGAUUACAGACCAUCGAUGUGACAAGGAUCCUCCAUGGUGAGCAGUAUUUAGAACUCAAGAAACCAUUGAGUACCUCCAUGAAACUCACCAACAAACCGAUGGUGGUGGACAUCGUGGACAAGAAGUCUGGCGCCCUCAUCAUCACAAAUGUGAACUCCUACGAUGAAAACGGUGAGCUGGUCGUCGUCAAUCAGAAUGUGGUUUUCCUAGUUGGAGCAGGAGGUUUUGGAGGAAAACGAUCCUCUCCUCACCUCAAGGAAACUGUGAAAGCACCAUCCCGUGAACCCGAUGCCUCUAUGAAAGAGAAGACGUCUGUAGAUCAGGCUGCCCUUUAUAGGCUUAGCGGAGACUACAAUCCUCUUCAUAUUGAUCCAUCCUUUGCUGCUAUGGGAGGAUUCAAGCAGCCGAUUCUUCAUGGGCUCUGUUCAUUUGGCUUUGCCUGUAGGCAUGUCUUGAAGCAGUAUGCCAAUAAUGAUGUGACCAAGUUUAAAUCUAUCAAGGUUCGUUUCUCUAAGCCCGUUCUCCCUGGUCAGACCAUACAGACCGAUAUGUGGCAGGAAGGUAGCAGAAUCCAUUUCCAGAGUAAGGUCGCCGAGACUGGAGCUGUGUGUAUAUCCGGAGCUUACGUGGAUCUACAUGGUGGAGCUGAGCUGACAAAUGCUGCAGGAAAUCAGCCUCCCUCGCCCGGUCUGAAGUCCGAGAUGGUUCUCUCUGCAGCCAAUGAGAUCGUCAGCAGCUCUCCUGACCUCGUUAAGAAGGUCAACGGUGUCAUCCAGUUCAACAUCACAUCCAACGGAAAGGUGGCUGCCGUGUGGACCUUUGAUCUGAAGGGCACGGGUGGAGUCUACCAAGGAGAGCCAAAGUCUGGCAAGGCCAAUGCUACCGUUACUGUUUCUGAUGACGACUUUGUGGCCCUAGCUUCUGGAGCGCUUCAACCACAGACGGCGUUCUUCUCCGGCAAGAUCAAGAUUAAAGGUCAGAUCAUGCUUCUCCAAAAGCUUCUUCCGUUGUUCCAAAGCUUCGUGAAGGGCAAGCUGUAAACCUCAACUCUCGCAUGCCAUAAUGAUUACUUAGGCCUGCUUCAUAACAUUUCUCGUCAGUCAUUUUUAGUUACAAAUUUUUCCCCAGCCAACCAUAUUGAUUUUGUCAGCAUAUAACACUAGUCAGUAAAAAUCACAAACACAAGUUGUUCCCUGAAAUGCAACUUACUUUCUCAUAUGUCAUGUGGCAUUAGCCCUAUUU